CAGGGUUACCAUGUCUAGGGAUUUUCCCCGAAUCUAGGGAUUUUUUGAAGCUUUUGGAGCUCUGGAGGGAUUUUUUUUGAAAUCUAGGGAUUUAUUAAACUGUGCUGGCGCCAUUUUUUGUUGUUAUUAAAUAUCUUUUUGUUAAAAUAUUAUUAAUAUUGUCAUUAUUUAUUGUUCCCUGACAUAAAUAUUCCUAAGUAAACAUUAAAACAUUACCUAAUCAAUGAUUAAAGUGGAUUAAACAUAGUGUUUAAUAGGUUAUAAAUUAAAUUGACAGCUGUCAUCUGUCAAUUUCUUCUUUUUUAGGUCAAAUUAAUACGAUUUAGGGAUUUCUAGGGGAAAUUGAAGCUCCCGUCUAGGGAUAUUCUGAAAUUUCAUCUGGCAACCCUGAGAACAGCUGAACUGAAUUCACAAUCACAAUAACACACAAUAAUUUACAGGAAUUUAACCAAAUGGAAUAUAAUAAGGAGUUUAAUAAAAUGGAAAUAAAACAAGAAGUUAGUGAGAAUAGUUUUAAAAUAGAAAUAGACGAUAAUGAAACAUGUUAUGAUCCUUCUGAUACCAUCAAAAUUCAAAUUAAGGAGGAAUCCCUGGGUGAAAAUACAUUAUAUGAUACAUUUAUUUAUUCAGACCUAAAGAGAUAUCCUAUAAAGACGGAAAUACAAACAGAUGAAGUUAAACUUAAAUCAGACGAAGAAGAAAAACAUUCAGAUAUAAAAGGUUUUUCUUGUGAAGAUAAACAAGAUGAUACUACCGAUGUAUUAAAAGAGGAAAAUGUGGAAAGUGACGGUAGCUUGAAACAAUCUUUAACUAACUGUACAAAAACAAAAACCGGCAAAAAACAUUUUGCGUGCAAAACUUGUCUUAAACACUAUACAACAAAGAAAAAUUUAAAAAUACAUAUGAGCGAACACACUGGCAAAGAAGUAUUCACAUGUAAAAGUUGCUCUGAACAAUUUGUAAACAAAUGUCACUUAAAAGAACACAAAAGGAGACAGGCUGAAAACAAGCCUUUUACAUGUCAAUUUUGUUCCAAAAUAUUUAAUGUUAAAUGCCGGUUAAAGAAACAUAUGUUAGUGCAUCGCCAAUAUAGAUCUAUUGAAUGUGGAAUUUGUGGCCACAAAUUUUCCAGAAGACACUACUUAAAUGUGCAUAUGAGAUCGCAUACUGGAAAAAAUCUUGUUAAUUGUACUGAAUGCCAUAAAUCGUUUGUAAGGAAUUCUGAGCUGACAAAACACAUGAGAGUUCAUAACGGAGAAAAGCCUUAUGAAUGCGACAUUUGCUCCAGUAGGUUUUCACGGGUUAAUCAUUUGACAGUACAUAUGAGAGUGCAUACUGGAGAAAAACCGUAUAAAUGUGAAAUAUGUAAUAAACAGUUUUCACAAAAUUCCAGUUUAGUAACACACAUGAGGAUACAUACUGGGCAGAAGCCGUUUACGUGUGAAAUUUGUUUUCAGGAGUUUAAUACAAAACAGUCUUUAAAACGUCAUCUAACAACGCACACUGGGGAAAAACCUCAUGAGUGUGAAGUUUGUUUUAAACAAUUUGCUGAUUCGCAAUAUUUGAGAGCGCAUUAUUUGCGGUUGCACACUGGAAAGAAACCUUGUCAAGUGUGAAAUUUGAAUGAAACGCAUUUAUUUUAGAAAACAUUUGGUAAUGCAUACCAGAUACAACUUUUUCCGUCAGUGAAAAAAUCACACUUGUAUGCCAUUUAUGUGACCUCUGUUUGUUAUUUACAGAGCCUAUUUUACUUCAAAUCAGGCCUGAGGCACGACAAAAUUUUUGGGCUCCUAAAUAUAAUUUAAUAAUAAUUAUAAUAACUUUUUUAAAUGUACAUAUUAAUUAUUUAAUAAAAAUAUAGUUAAUAGAAA